AAAUAGUAAUGUUGAUUUCAAUGUUAUGGCCAUCAAGAUGAAAGAGAAGUAUGAUAAGUAUUGGGGUGAUAUUGAUAAGAUGAAUUUGCUUAUGUUUGUUGCUUGUGUUUUAGAUCCUAGACAAAAACUAAAGUAUCUUGAAUUUGCACUUAGUGAAAUGUCUAGUCCUGAAAAAGCUUGUGAAAUGAUGCAAAAGUUGAAGGAAUCUUUGUAUGAAUUGUUUGAUGAGUAUAAGCCUCCACUUCAUAAUACUUGUAGCCAAUCGAGUGUGUCAACACAUGUUUCUAUUGGUGAACCACAACAAAAAAUGAAAAGGCGAAUGCAAGCUUUGUAUAAAAAGCGUGAGUUGGAAAUUUGUGGUGAGGAUAAAACAUCUGAGUUGGAUAAGUAUCUAGCUGAGGCUAAUGAAGAAUUUGUUGAAGAUUUUGAUAUUUUAUUGUGGUGGAAAGUGAACAGUCCUAGAUUUCCCACUCUUUCAAAAAUUGCCAGAGAUAUGUUAGCUAUACCGGUUUCUACGGUUGCUUCAGAGUCUGCAUUUAGCACCGGAGGACGUGUGCUUGAUCAAUAUAAGAGUUCUUUAACUCCUAAAAUUGUACAAGCUCUUGUGUGUACUCAAGAUUGGAUUCGAAGAUCAUCAUCACAAUAAGACAUAAAAAAGAUUGAAGAACAAAUCCAAGAGCUUGACAAGAUUGAAAAUGGUUUAAUGCAAAUGGAGAUAUUUUGGAGAGAUGAAAUGAAU